AUGGAAAAUAAUGAAGUAGAAAUGAAUUUCGAGGAUAAAAGAUACCAAAGUAUCCAAGAAGCAGAAAAAAAAGUUUUAGAAAUGGCAAAAGUUCAACUUUUUAAUAGUUUUGAAUCUUUAAAAGAUAAAGCAAAUGAGAUUACAAAAUUAUUUGAUGAUUGUGUACCAACAAUACCAACAAAUAAUCCUCAAAUUUAUACUUUGGUUACAGUUUUAAAUUUAUUACUUAAAAAUGAAUUAUCAACUUUUAUUGAUUCAAGAAAAUCAGUUUGUUUAAAUGGUAAUACAUUAUUGAAUGAAAUGAAAUCAUUUAAAGUUGAACAAGUUAGCUUUCAUUGUUAUUCAUUAUUAAAAGGAUAUUUUGAAAAUGUUCAAGAUGAUGUUUUAAAUUGUGAUUUUGUUUAUGAAGAGAUUGAAAAGUAUGGUCAAAUUGCAAUUGAUCUUUAUGAAUGGAUCGAUUCAAACUUCACAAUAAUAUCUGUUAAAUAUAGUGAAGAUAUUUAUGAUGAAGAAAUGUAA